CGAACUUUUGAAGUGCCUUAGAACUUUCAAAGUUAUCAUGAUUUUUCAGUUGAUAAUACUGACGACCACGUUAUUAUUAGCACAAGUAAAAUGCAGAACUUAUAUACCGGAAAAAUAUUCCGUAGAUGAUAAUCUGAAUCGUCAACAGACGUAUCAACGUACGUACGAACCUACAGAACAGCAGCGACGAAUAGUGUACGUCGACAAACGCCAAUACCCAAACGAAUGGAAUGAAAAUAUUAUGAAAGGCGAUCGUUCGCCAAUAAUAUUCACAGACAAAGCGCCAGUAACAAUCAAUUACAAAGGGGGACGCGGUGGUUUGGAACAAUCUCUAUACGGCGGAUUUAGAAAAUCGUGUCCAAUCGUACUGACGUCUCAAGGCGAAAUCACAGUGAACUACGAUGGUCUGCAGAACGAUGAUGAUGUACCGCCCAACAACCAAGACAUCUGCAUGAUGUUGACCAAAACCAUGGUCGAGCUACCAAGUGGUAUAGUUAUGCCGUACUUAAAAUUUAAGACCAUCAGUUCUUAUCUGUCAGAAAACCAAAAAUCCGAUAUCCGAAUCAUACUCGACCACAAAAACAUGACGUACAAACAGUUCCAAGAAACGUUGCGGUAUCACGGUUGUGGUGACCUAGAGGACUCGUCGCAGUCGUCGGGGGUAGACUUGACCAACUACGUCACGCUAGCCAACGGCACGCAAGUAGAAAUGGACGACUACCGGAACAUAGUGAGCAGCAUAACUUCCGGUUCGGAAACGCUGUUGGUGCCCAACGUCGUUAACGGAAAGUAUUCGUUAUAUCGUUCGCUCAUAGCGGACGAAUUACCGGAAAUGAUACCAUCGACAUUCGUCAUCACGCACGCGGGGAUCGUAGUGCCGUUUUCGUUGUAUUACGCUGUGGACACGGAACAUUUCCAAAGGCCGACGACAGCUGUUGUGCCUAGGAUUCGGCAGAUCAAAUGGCGCGACGGUAAACUGGUGGACGUACAGACCAUACGACAAGUGAUCGACGCCCUGAAAACACCGACAAUGAUCAUUUUCGUGUUUCCGAACGGGAAACGCAUGCCGUUCGUUAAGAGUGACGUAAAUGAAUCGACUGAAUUAUACGACUACGAUCCCGAAAAAGUAGUGGUGGACGUGGGUCAGUCCAAAAACAUUCUGUUGUUGCAUUUCAACGAUAUCGUUUUUGCAGUGCAUAUUCACGACGACAGAGGCGACGGUAAGUACAAACGGUUUAAUCCACCCGUGUUCGGUUUGGAUCCGAAGUGUAUGAAUAGUGCUACUAGCACACAAACGGAUGGGAAAGUCUGCUGCGACAAAUCGAAUAAGAUCGACGACGGAAGCUAUUCCGGAUAUUCGAUUCACGCGAUAAAUAAAGACAAACGGCGGGGAGACGAUAAGCCGUCCGAUAAGCAACUCACCGUUUUUGGUCCCAUUUCGGCGAUGGAAAAAACGACAGGCUUGGAUUCGAACGAUAGUAUACGAAUAAUACUAACCAGUUCGUCGGGGACACAUGAAAUAAAAAUUACAAAUGUACUCGACAAUAAAAAACCUUUGAUAUACGAUAUAAACGACAAGCCGGCCAAUGUACGAGAUUUAGUAAAUAUCAUAUCGCAAAACGAAUGUGAUUAUUCGCCAAUUAUAAUAAAUAAAAUGAAUAUUUCCAAUAUGACAAACACUACGAAUUUGCCGAGUAAUAAUUGCACCAAUAUUUUAAGAACUUAUAUCGAAUGUGAUUGCAAACUAAUUUUGAAAAAUAAUGAAACAAACAGUAUGAUUGACGUUAAAAAUACGCCGGAUUUAAAGGACCCUUCGAAUUUGAAUGAAUCGACAAAAAAUCAAACUAUUACUGAAUGUAACAAAAACUCUACUACAAAUAACAACAAAAAUCAAACAGAAACUGUAGUUACAACCACGGUUACUCAGAACAACACGGAACUUACGAAUACUACUAUCAAUCCUAAUGCAUGUGGAAAAAUUAACAACACAACUAUUGAAAAUGAAAAAAAUUCUGCUAUAACUUCAGAUUGUACAGAAAAUCAUACAAAUAAUCAACAAAACAAUUGUAGACCAGUAAUUGGAGACGAUGAAAUACCUAUAACAAAAAACACUACUACUACUAAUUCAAACAAUCGUCAAAAUAGUUCUGAUCCAAUUGCUGGAUACAAAGAAGUACCUACAGUAAAUGACUGCAAUCAAAAUCAAACGGAGACUAAAAAUACAACAAUAAAUCCAGACUAUACGAAAAACACGACUAGUUCAAAUACUACUAACACAGACAAGACAUGCGAACCUAGUACAACUAACGACGGUACUGGAACAACGGAAACUGGAAAUAACACUUCUCCUAAUCCAAAAAAUAAUCAAAAUAGUUCUAACCCAGGUAUUGAAAGUAAUACAAUACCUAUAACUAAAGAUGACAAUAACCAAACUGAAACUAAAAACACGACAACUGUGAAUAAUUCACCAAAUAUUACUGCAAACGUGACUGGUUCGAAUGAUACUGAUACGGACAAAAAAUAUGAACCCGACCGCACUGACCACGGUACCGUAACUACGGAAACCAGAGACGAAACUAUUACUGAUCCGGACCAUACUGCAGUAGCAACUGAAAAUGCUCAAGACGGAUAUAAUCCAGUGAUUGCAACUAACGAAACACCAAUAACCAAUACCAACGAUUACCAAAGUUCAACAGAAACUAUAAAUAAAACAGCAAGUGCGCCAAAUUAUAGGGAAAAUACGAACUCGCCAAAUUCGAGUGGAACAGAUGAUGAUACUUAUACCGGAAGUAAGGAAGCUCCCGGCGUCAUCAAUACCGCGGAAACGACGAUACAUACUCCAGAAACGACAAUAGCAUCCGACGCAAACGACGUCGGACCAACGGAAAAUCCUGACACGAUUCCUGAAACGAAUACCGGAAUCAACGAUAAUGAGUCAGCCGAGGUGUACAACAUUACAACGACUGGGGUGGCGGAACCAACUCAAUCCACUCCGGUCUACACCGAAACCAUUACAACUCCGAAUAACGGUUCCGUGACGAAUAAUGCUACUAAAAUCGUAAACAUCAUCGUGUACUAAAUCCCUGACGAUGCGAAUAAUACAGAUAACUACGAAUUUACUAAUACACGACCGUCACGAUCUGUCAUUAGUUUUUAAUUUUAUUUCGUUACAGUUCAAUUUUUAAUAUUGUUUAUUUUUUUUUUCUAUUUCAUACAUUAAGACCCUAACCCAGUUGUUUGUUGUCAAAAUCUCUGAACGUAAUGUACUGAAAUU